AUGUCCUUGUGCAGUCCACAGCUCCAGAAGUUCUCGGUGAGCAAGACUUGCAGCAAACGUGCUUGUAAUAAAGCCUCAAAGAAAAGCCCAACAAUAAAAAGCAGGAAGAACAGGAUAGUUUGCUCGGCGAUUGCAAUAGACGCUGCAGGUUCGUUAGCGGGUGUGUCUGGAGUCAGAUGGGGCUCGGUUCUGCUGAAGGGGGCCCGUGAAGAGAUGGAGGACGAUGUUGUGAUUGUUCAGUCUGAUGAUCGGCUUGAUGGGUUCUCUUAUGCUGCAGUUUUUGAUGGCCACGCUGGGUUCUCUUCUGUUGAGUUCCUCAGGGAAGAACUAUAUAGAGAAUGUGUUGCUGCAUUGCAAAGUGGGCAGCUAUUGAAUGGGAAGGACUUCAAAGCAAUCAAGGAAGCACUUCAAGACGCCUUCAAAAGUGCGGAUGCAAAACUCUUAAAAUGGCUUGAGUCGAGCGGGGAAGAGGAUGAAUCUGGUUCGACUGCCACUGCCAUUUUCAUCCGUGAUGAUUUGUUGUACAUAUCUCAUGUUGGUGACUCAUGUGUGGUACUUUCGCAUGCUGGAAAUGCUGAAGUCUUGACCGAUUCUCAUCGACCGUAUGGGAGCAAGAAUGUUUCUCUAGAAGAAGUCAAGCGGAUUAGAAAAGCUGGUGGAUGGAUUGUAAAUGGAAGGAUUUGCGGAGACAUAUCAGUGUCACGUGCUUUUGGCGACAUACGAUUUAAGAACAAGAAGAAUGACAUGGUCAAGAGAGGAGUCAAGGAAGGUCGAUGGUCUCAAAAAUUUGCUUCUCGCGUACAACUGAAGGGAGACUUGGUUACUGCACAUCCUGAUGUUUUUCAUACUUCUCUUGGAUCAGAUGCUGAGUUCAUAGUUUUGGCAUCUGAUGGAUUGUGGGAUUAUGUAAACAGCUUGAAUGCUGUUAAAUUUAUCAGAAAUCACCUUCGACAAUAUGGAGAUGUUCAGAUGGCUUCGGAAGCCCUUGCGCAAAUGGCCCUGAAUCAAGGCUCUCAAGAUAACAUUAGCAUUGUUAUUGCCGAUCUCGGGCGAACGGAUUGGAAAGAUUUACCCGUACAAGAGCAAAAUUUCGUGGUUGAGUUUGGUCAAGCUUUAGCAACAAUCGGCUUAGUGUCAGUUGGAAUAUGGAUGUCAACUUUGCUCGCAACAUGA